CAAACGUCAUAAAUCAUAGUCCUUUUUAAUAAAUAUACGGAUGAAACCACAUGGAAAGUUAGCUCAGCCAGUGAAUUUACAAUGGGGAAAGUGAAAAGGUUAAAGCCCUCGCAAGUGGCCAAGAAUAUAGCCCUUGCCGAUCAAAUUGAAGCAGUUACCUCUGUUAAAAGCAAGAACAGAAACAAAGAAAGAAACAGACACGACGAUGAUGAAGAUUUUGUUAACCCCGAGCUUUCGAAGAAGAUCUUAGAAGUAGCUAGAAGACAGCAGGCUGAAAUAAGUGAAAGUGGGCCCUCUAUUGUGAAACAAGUACAGCUACCAACUAAGCUUAAAGAUGCAGCAGACUCAGAUGACGAGCCAGACUCAGAUCAUGAUGAUUUAGAACCAGACACAUAUUAUGAUAACAUUGUUAUUGACGAAAAAGAUGAGGAGGCACUUCGAAGGUUUAUGUCUGAUAAGCCAGAAAGAACUCGGACACUGGCAGACAUUAUCAAGGACAAGAUUACAGACAAACAUACUGAACUUCAAACUCAGUUUUCUGAUGCAGAGACAUUAAAACUUCAAAAUAUAGAUCCCAGAAUUAAGACUAUGUAUGAGGGUGUAAGAGAUGUUCUCAAAAAAUAUCGUUCCGGGAAGCUGCCAAAGGCAUUCAAAAUGAUACCACAUCUUCAAAAUUGGGAACAAAUACUAUAUCUAACUGAGCCUACUACUUGGUCUGCUGCUGCAAUGUAUCAGGCAACUAGAAUAUUUGCAUCUAACCUGAAAGAAAAAAUGGCACAACGGUUUUACAAUCUUGUGCUGCUGCCCCGUGUACGCGAUGACUUGCAAGAGUACAAACGGCUGAACUUCCAUCUUUACCAAGCUCUGCGAAAAUCACUUUUUAAGCCAGGAGCAUUCAUGAAGGGCAUUUUACUGCCCCUUCUGGAGGCUGGAGACUGCACAUUACGUGAGGCCAUCAUUGUGGGUUCAGUGCUAGCAAGGAAUUCAGUGCCUGUGCUUCAUUCCAGUGCAGCACUCUUAAAAAUUGCCGAGAUGGAUUACACUGGUGCUAAUUCCAUAUUUCUGCGUAUUUUAUUUGACAAGAAAUAUGCUCUACCAUACCGAGUUGUAGACUCGGUUGUGUUUCACUUUCUCAGAUUUCAGAUGGAUCAUCGCACAUUACCUGUUCUGUGGCACCAGGCUUUGCUGACAUUUGUCCAACGCUAUAAGUCCGAUAUCUCCACAGAACAGAGAGAUGCCCUCCUAGAACUGCUGCGGAAGCACUCUCAUCCCACCAUCACUUCCGAAAUACGGAGGGAACUUCAAGCAGCACAAUGCAGAGACAUUGAAGUUAAUGAGAAUACUGCAUCUGUUGCAAUGUUAGUUGAAUAGAGAUAAUGUAUGGUUUAUAAAUAAAAGUGUAACACAUG